AUGAAAGAGACCUGCUUUGAAUGGGCUAUUCAAAUUGCAGAGUCAUGGGAUGAGUUGUGUGACAUUAUUAAUAGGUCAUUAACUGCAAUGACUAACCUCCUUCAUUCUCUAGAUUUGGCUAUAUCUCCUCACAUAGUUGGGAAUUAUAUUGCUGAAGAAAUGGUUCCAAAUAGUGUCUUUUUAUUAAUAUCAUCAUAUAGUACAAGAAUAAGCAAUCUAGCAAUUGAACUAAUGCAGUUUAUUGAUAAAUUCCGUGAUUCUCACCUUAAAAGUAUAGAAAAUAUAAUAAAAUGGUGUGAUGAAGAAUAUACAUCAAUAAAUUCAUGUAAUAUCAAUAAAAGUAUCAAUGCAAAUAUUAUACGUGUACAAGCUCUAUAUACGACAAACCAAUUAUGCCUUAUUAUAAAAAGUCAACACAAGAUAAUUAGUGAUAUUUUGAAUUCUGCAAUAAAUAAAGUUGAUUUAUAUAUUUUAUAUAAGUCAACUAAAAAAUUUGGGGUGAUCCAAACACAUAUAGAGCAUUUUCAUCAGUUAAAAAACUUUAAAUGUAAUAAUGCAUUUAAAGAACGCCAAUUCCUAACAAGUUAUUGUACAAAAUAA